AUGCCAAUUCUUUCCUCAACACCCCGUACUGUCAGAAAAAAGGAUAGCGACAGCGAUAAAGAUUGGGGACCAGACAUGACAAUGCCCAAAAGAAAGAGGCAUCCGCGUAAGAAGGACGCACUAGAGUCCGGCAGCGCAGCACAGCCUGCAGCCAGACGCAAGAAACUGACGCUUCACAAAAGCACAGAUUCUAACGCAAUCGACUUGUCCAAAGGACUUUCAAAUGAGCGUGGAGAAAGGGGUGCAGCUUCCGACACAGAAUCUACACAGACAGCCAAGGCUAUGUCAGCCAGUAGCUUAGGAACUGCAGGGAAGAAGAGACCAUUCCAACGGUCUGAAUACGAUGACGCUAUUCCAAAGCGGCCGAAAAAAUCGGAAGAAGUUAAAGAGCUUCUUGGAUCCAUAUUGGAAAAUAUGCAAACGUCUGAAGAGCGAGUCGAGAGGGCGGAGGUGCUGAUUACGAGCUUAGAACACGAGCUGAUCAAGUAUCAGAAGGCACUGGUAGACAUGGAAGAGAAGGGUACGAGAAGGUUAGCGGAUAUAGCUUCUCUAACAGCGGAAAAGGCAACCCUGCGAGCUGAAAAUGAUAAAUUGAAGCACGACCUCGAGAAGUUCAAGCGUGACACUGACGAGGUUCGACAGCAGGCCGUCCUUGCACUAGAAGAGGCGGAACAGAAGAAUGCGAACGAAAACCAGGUUUCUACAACUUCUACUCUUCAGAACUGGAAGCUGCUGCAGUACCAAAUCCACAGAUUCGUGGUUUUGAAUCUCAAAACACAUCCCAAAGAAAUUGGAACACAAGUUCUGGGAAUGGCUCGACUGAUCAAACUAUGCAGAGAAAAGUCGGAGCUUCAAGUGCCACUUCUCGAGAGGUUCAUAUGGAGUGUAUUGGUGGGUUUCUUUCGCGGAGAGACCAAUAUUUGGGGCGAGAAAUUUAUGCCAGCUUUUACGGCAUGUUAUCGCGAUGUCAAAGGAGUACACCAAAACAAACCAAAUGCUUUACGGGCUCUAGGGCUAGUAAAAUCAAAGGUGACAGAUGUUAUAUACACUGAGCUCGGGCUGAACGACGAGCGAAUACGUUGUCACAUGGAUUGGGUCUGCGAACAGCUGCAGCCAUUCAAAACUGAUCCGGAAAGCUCUUUACAGGACGGUAUGACUGGAAUAUUUCAAUCUGCGAUCCAACUCACGAAAGGUUUCAUGACUUCUCGAGCCAUUUAUGAGUUAAAACCCGCUUCGUUUCGCCCAUUUCCCGACAAUGAGACCAUGCCUUUCGACGGCAAUACGAUGGAGACCACGUCGCAUAUUGGGACAAACCAUGGCAAAAAUGAAUUGAAAACUUCCGAUGACAACAGUGUGGAUGCUGUGUCAACCAUUGUGGUAGGUUCUCCGGAAUCUGGCAGCGACUUUGGAUCGAUUCCUUACGAAGUUGAAAAUAUGAAGCCAAAAUCAAACAAUAAUGUAAAGUUCACGGUAUCUGAUAACAGCGAGGAUAUGGCCGCCUCUCAUGGCAAUGAAAUACCGGCGAGUGCGUCACAUAUCGAUGACGAGGGCACGGUAUCGGAUCGCAAUGAUAUAAUUGAACGUGCCGAAUAUUUCGUUCGCGUGUUGCAGUGCCCAGCGCUUUAUGUAACUGGCACGGAAGAAGGAGAGCGGUUUGAGCGAAGAGAAUUGAUUUGUAAAGCUCGUGUAGCAGUUUCUUUGCGGAGAGUAGCACGUCACAGGCAGGGAAAGGGGCAUUAA